GAAGUCAAAACGGGAAGCUCCAUUUCACACCGGAAAUGUAUUGGUUGGGGUUAACCAUGAUUGAAUUUUUUUAAAUUUACAAUACAGACAAAAAGUCCGUGUUUUUCAUAGAAAAACGCUGGCCCCUCCACUGCCUGUCACCAUGCCUGCUCUGCUGGACAGACCGAAGCUGUCCAACGCUAUGGCCAGAGCCCUCCACAAACACAUAAUGAGAGAAAGGGAGCGUAAAAGACAAGAGGAGGAAGAGGUGGACAAGAUGAUGGAGCAGAAGAUGAAAGAGGAAGAAGAGAGAAAGAGAACAAAAGAGAUAGAGGAGAGGAUGUCCUUGGAGGAGACCAAAGAACAGGUGAUGAAGAUGGGGGAGAAACUGCAGGGACUUCAGGAGGAGAAGCAUCAGCUCUUCCUCCAGCUGAAGAAGGUCCUGCACGAGGAGGAGAAGAGACGCAGGAAGGAGCAGAGUGACAUCACAACACUGACGUCAGCCAGCUACCAGCCCAGUCUAACCAUGCACACAGGACAGCAUCUCCUUAACAUUGAAUGCAGUCCAGUCAGUCACAACAGGGCCGGGGGUCUGAUGUCAGAGCGCAGUAAGCAGUUGUUUCCAACACCGGUCAACCCGAACCAGGCUGGGUUCAGUGCGGGCCCGGCUGAGCACGGACAGUUUGGGGGUAGUCAGUCGGUCCACGAGAGCUAUGGCGUGGCCCAGACACAACACCCCUCCACCUACGCCCCCGGCCCCUCUGUACCUGUCAGCUUCACCACCAGCUCCCAGAUCAGAGGUGUGUCUGCAUUCCAGGCAAUGCAGUACCUCCCUCAUCAGCAGCCAGGCUAUGCUGUUCACAGUCACUUCACGUCCCAGCCUGGAUUCAUCCCUGGUGCUGGAAUACCCCUUCAGAAGCAGUUGGAACAUGCCAACCAACAGUCUGGCUUCACUGACGCGGGUGCUCUGAGACCCGUGCACCCCCAAGCCCUCCAUACGUCUGCUGCUGGCCUGCUCCCCACUUCCUCCAUGGCUGUCCAGAUCCCCACUCCCAAGGGCCCUUUCCAGAGCUCUCCCCAAGCGGCUCCUCGCCACGCUCUCCUUCCCCACACCCAGAGUGGACAGAGAUUCUAUCACCACAGCAAGUAACCAUGGUUACCUGCCCAAACUACCUUUACCAGGAGUUCUUAUCGUUGAGAUUUCAUAGGCUUCUAGAAGACUGGAAUUAUGGGACAGUAAAACUUGGAUUUUGAUGGUUGAUUGUAAAGCCCAAACUUCCAGGCUUGACUUUGUAGUAAUAUUUCUUGUAUAGUUUAUUUUGUUAGUGCAGUAUUACUUUAGUUUUAGAUGCCUAGCUGUACUAGGAAACCAUUUUCUCCACUGUGAAACUGUAUAGUGUUAUACUUUGUCAAUUUUAUUGUGUGUUUGGAUGUAUUACCUUCAACUAUUAUGUCCGCUAAAUAAAUAAAGCACACACCAUUUCUAACAA